AAACGUCGGGAGAGAAUGCUGCUGGAACAUGGCACUUGGAGACCCUUGGGAUGCCCGCCCCUUUGCGAGGAGGAGGAAGGAGAACAGGACCCGCCCGAGUUCAGCGCGGGGUCAGGCCGAGUUCGCGGCCCGGACGCGGCAGAAGACUGCGAAGGAGUCUCCCGAGCAGAGCAGAGCAGAGCAGAGCGGACGCAGGAGGGAACUAUGCGCGUCCACGCGGACCUCGCCUGCUGCCUGGCCCCCCCCUCGGGACCCCCCGGCGCAGCCAUGUUGGAAGCCCCUUCCUCCUCGCCGCCCUCUCCGCCGCCGCCUCUCCCUCCGCCCGAGUCCCCUCCGCACGCCCGGCAACUCCUGCUCCAACUCAACGCCCAGCGCACCAAGGGCUUCCUGUGCGACGUGGUGGUGGUGGUCCAGAACGCGCUCUUCCGGGCCCACAAGAACGUCCUGGCGGCCAGCAGCGCCUACCUGAAGGCCUUGGUGGUCCACGACAACCUGGUCAACCUGGACCAGGAGAUGGUCAGCCCGCCCGUCUUCCGCGCCGUCCUGGACUUCAUCUACACCGGGCGCCUGGGAGGGACCGACUCGCACGAAGGGCCGCCGUCGGAAGAGCCGUCUCUCGGAGCCAUCUUGGCCGCCGCGAGCUACCUCCAGAUCCCGGAUUUGGUGGCCCUUUGCAAGAAGAAACUCAAGCGCUCAGGGAAGUACUUCCCCCUGCGAGGAAAUGGCAACGGAGGCGGAAUUUACUCGCCGUUGGGCAAAUUGGCCCGAGGCCUCCGGGCCGCCACGCCGGUCAUCCAGAGCUGCUUCGGGCGGCCCGGCGACGGAGGCAACUCCUUGAGCACCCAUUGCGCCGAACUAUACGCGGCCUCGCAGGCCGGCCUCCUUUGCGCCCCUUUGUGCGGGUUGGAUCUCUCCAAAAAGAGCCCCAACGGCCCCCUGGGGCCGCCUCUCCCUCCGGGGCCGCCUUCCUCGCAGUCCCGCCUGAGGACGCCCAUCGAAGCCCCUCCGAACCCUCCUCUGCACGACGAGCCUCCUCAGGUCCCGCAGCCGCCCUUCCACCACCACCCUCCGCCGCAUCCUCUCCUCCAUCAUCCUCACAUCGGCACCGAAGCGGCCGUCUUGGAGCCGUCGAAUCGGCCCGAACUCGGCCCGGACUUUAUUUACCGUUGGAUGAAGCACGAACCGUUGAGUUACGUGGAGGAGGAGGAGGAGAACGAAGGGCAGAGAAGGGCCAAGGAAGGCGAGAAGGAGGCCUCCCCUUCGCCCACGAGGCCCUUCAUGGACGGAGAGCGGAAUUCGGUGACGGCGGAGAACGAGAAGAGCAGCAGUGAAAUGGAAGAGGAGGAAGAGGACGACGAAGAGGAGGAGAGCGCCGGGAGCAGCGGAGGAGGCCCGUCGCCCAGCCUGGAGCGCUUUCUGGGAUACGGAGACCCGGCCGAAGGCUUUGGAGGGGACAACCUGUACGUCUGCAUCCCUUGCGGGAAGGGCUUCCCCUCUUCGGAGGAGCUCAACGCGCACGUGGAGGCGCACAACGAGGAGGAGGAGGUUCUGGAGAAGGCGGCGGCGGCGCCGGUGCCUCCGACAACGGCGGCGCCUUCGGUCCCGACGGACCUCUUGCGGCCGUACCGGUGCAACUCGUGCGAGAAGGCCUACAAGGACCCGGCCACGCUCCGGCAGCACGAGAAGACCCACUGGCUGACGCGGCCGUACCCGUGCUCCAUCUGCGGGAAGAAGUUCACGCAGCGCGGCACCAUGACGCGCCACAUGCGCAGCCACCUGGGCCUCAAGCCCUUCGCCUGCGAGGCCUGCGGCAUGCGCUUCACCCGCCAGUACCGCCUGACCGAGCACAUGCGCAUCCACUCCGGGGAGAAGCCCUACGAGUGCCGCGUCUGCGGAGGGAAGUUCGCCCAGCAGCGCAACCUCCUCAGCCACAUGAAGAUGCACGCCGCCGCCGCCGCCGCCCAGAGCGUGACGCCCGAAGCGCUCCGCUUGAGCUUCUCCCCCGACGGGCCGCACCACCCGCUCCUCGCCGACCCCAAGACCGCCUUGCAGGGCUUGUAUCUCGGCCUCGGGCCGGACAAAGCGGCCCAAAUCCUGGCCCAGAGCGCGGCCCUCAGCCAAAUGAACCACGAGGGAGCCUUGUCCGGGCCGCGCGGCUUGGAGCGCUUCUCGCCUCCUUGACGGCCGGCGGUGUGGCCCACAAUGCGGACCCCCUUUGCAACGGACACCCCGAAAGCGGGACCUCACUGAGCCAGGGUACGCAAAGGGACCGCUUUGCCGUGGACGCGGAUGCAAAGCUCGCCCCGUAAAAAGGACCUCCUGGUAAGAUCGGGGUCUCCUUCGCUCCCCUAAAUAGACCUGUUUGAAUCGGGAAGGAGGGGACUCUGAGUAUGGAGGCCUUAAAGGAACUUGGUGGAGACCCCCAACCUCAAAAAGGACCUGAUUAAAUUUGGGGAACUCUCUCUCCUCUGGGUGUGGAAGAGCGACCCCUCUCGAUGGUCCGAGACCCCCCAAAAAGGGAUUGGACCGUUGCCGAGUUAGAGGACCACUUUGUGGCAGAGAGGCUUUGACAGCGCCCACUCCCCCAAAGAAGGACCCACUUUGGGGUAUUUGUUGAGCCAGACUCCUUUGCCUGUGGAUCUGCACCCAAAAGGACCCAAGGGGACAACUCUGGUCGUUUUUACUAUGGACACAAAUGGGCAGAGACCUCCCAAAACAGACCCGACGAUGAGCGGAUGGGACCCCACUUGAAAGGCCAAACUGCCCCCCUCAAAGGACCUCCUCGCUGAGCUGAACCCAAAGGUAGAGAGAAAAAGGCAAAGAAUUGUGUGCAAUAUGCCCAGCGGUUUGGAUUGCGAGUCCCAUCGUCUCAGUCAGUGAGAGAUUGUGGGAGUGACAGUCCCAUAAAUGUGUGUAUGUUGGGGACGACGGGGUGAAACAACCGAAAAAAGGGCAAACCGUGGGAGUCUUUCUUUUUGCGUAAUUUCUUUUUUUGUCGGGGGAGAAAAGCAAUGUAUCGGAUGGGAAGGGGUCCCCCAAAGGCCAUCUAGUCCACAAUGGGCAUUUCUUCUGAGCCUAAUUUUGCAAUGUGAAAAGUACGCGAUCGUGCGGAACACAAUUGUGUGUUUGUGGGUCUGUUUUGUACGCAUUUCAGUUACACCUCAGCAAGGCCUUCCUUUUUUUAAUUUUUCCCUUCGAAGCCAAAUAUAUGUUUUAGGGGGGGCGUGGUAUGUGUGUGUGUAUGUGUUUCUCCUCCUUCGGACAAAGACAAAACACUCCCGUUUGUCCGCUAAAGCAAGCCAAAGCCCAAAUCGCCUGCACUUAGAGAAAGCGAAUAACGGGGGGCACCCAAAGACACCCCCUUUUCUGUGCCUUUUUCUCAACCAAAAAAACCAUUGAACCCAAGGGAAAAAUAAAAUAAAAACAACCAAAAUGUGAAGUUUGCCCCUCUUCUGUUGUUUUGCACACCCCACAAAACUGAGCCAGCAGGCCCCCCUGUUUUGCAGGACACAGCGGCCUCUUUGCCCCCCGAAAACACCCCCCAAAAAAGCUGUGUUUCUCUGGUAGCAUUUUGUUCUCUUUUGUGUACAGGAGAUUUCCUUUUUCACUCCCUUCUUCUUUUAUACCGGACUAAAAGGCAAUAAAUGUUCUUUCAAACACCAAAAAGG